GGAUGAAAGACCUAAUUUUAUCUGGAAAGUCUGGAAAAGAUUGUUAUUUUUUGUGCCUUAAAAAAAAUCCAGUUUUAUUAAUUUGGUUCACAAUGUAGGAUGUCAGUUAUCAGUGAAGUUUGUCUACCUGAAGUAACUGUUAAACCUGUACAAUAGUUAGGAAGAUGGUGGAUUACUCAGUUCAUGGACAGGUUGCUGUCUUAGAAGUGAACAACCCACCAGUCAAUGCUUUCAGCCAUAAUGUUAGAGUGGGAUUAGACAGGUCUAUCGACAAAGCUAUUAGAGACACAAAUGUAAAGGCUAUUGUAAUAUGUGGAAAAGGAAGAACCUUCCCUGCAGGAGCAGAUAUUAGGGAAUUUGAUCAACCUCAUAAAGAACCCUGGUUAACAGGUGUUUUUGAGAAGUUAGAGAAAACAUCCAAGCCUGUUGUUGCAGCUAUACAUGGGACAUGUUUGGGUGGAGGUUUAGAGUGUGCUUUAUUCUGUCAUUAUCGCAUUGCACAGAAAACUGCAAGGGUAGGCUUCCCUGAGGUUCAGAUAGGUAUACUACCAGGUGCUGCAGGAACUCAGAGACUACCAAGGUUAACGGGUCUACGUGUUGCCAUGGAUAUGAUUACAUCUGGUCGACAUAUACUUGCCCCAGAAGCUCUUAAGUAUGGUAUUAUUGAUGAGGUGUUUACUGGAGAUGUUAUAAAUGCUGGAAUAAAGUUUGCCAAGUCUGUGAUGAACAAACCUAUAGAGGACAGAUGCCUUAAGAACAAAACAGUGAAGGACGCUGACCAGGCAGAUCAAAUUGCUGAUGAAUAUAUGUCAUUGGUGAAGAGGAAAUACAAAGGAUUUGAGGCUCCUAUAGAUUGUGUCAAAGCAGUGAAAGCAUCAGCUACGUUACCGUACAGAGAGGGACUGAAAACAGAAGCAAUGUACAUGCAAAAACUUCUUUUAUCUGGACAAUCGGCUGCACAGAGAUAUGCUUUCUUCUCUGAAAGAGCUGUUUCAAGGUGGAAUAUACCUGGAGGAAAUUUUCAGACAGCCAAACCACUUCCUAUCAAGUCUACAGCAGUAAUAGGUGCAGGUACCAUGGGGACUGGUAUAGCUGUCUGUUUAUUGAAUGCAGGGUACCAGGUUUACUUACUGGAACAAAAUCAAAAGUUUUUAGAAAAUGGUGUGAAGACAAUUCGGGGAAUAAUUGAAGGAAGUGUUAGAUUAGGGAAAACCCCAAUGGCUGUAGCUCAGAAGGCAGCAACCUUACUAAAGCCUACAAUGAAAUAUGAAGAUUUAGCAGAUGUUGAUUUGGUUAUUGAAGCUGUAUAUGAAAAUUUGAGUUUGAAAAGAGAAAUAUUUAGUAAGUUAGACAAGCUGUGCAAGCCUACAACACUGUUAUGUAGCAAUACAUCUAGUCUAGACAUAAAUAGGAUUGGAACUGCUACAAAACGAGGAGACAAAGUAGCAGGAAUGCAUUUUUUUGCCCCUGCUUAUUACAUGAGAUUAUUAGAGAAUAUAUACAGUACUGAGACUUCACCAACUACUGUAGCUACUAUCAUGGAUGUUGGAAGGAAGAUUGGAAAAGUUUCUGUCCUGGUAAAAUCUUGCCAAGGAUUCCUAGCCAAUAGGAUGAGAGGUCCCUUUGGUGUUGAGGCUUAUUUUCUGCUUGAGGAAGGUUCUACACCACAGGAAGUUGAUAGUGUUAUGGAAAAUUUAGGAAUGCCAAUGGGACCAUUUAAAACUGGGGAUCUCUCAGGACUUGAUAUUGGUUAUAAGAUACAGACAGAGUUGGCCAAAUCAAAGGGUGUAGAAUUAACUGUCGAUUCUAAGUUUCUGAUGGGAGAGAGAAUUUCAACAUUGACAAGGACAAUGUAUGAUAAAGGAAGACUUGGAAGAAAAACAGGAAAAGGCUGGUAUAGGUAUGAGAAGCCAGGAGGAAAGAUAGCUACCCCUGACGAGGAAGUACUGGAACUUAUAAAAGAUCAUUGUAAGAAGGCUGGAAUACAAAGGAGAAAUAUAUCCACUCAGGAAAUUUUAGAAAGAUUACUGUAUUCCUGUAUCAAUGAAGGAUUUAAGAUAUUAGAAGAAGGUGUAGCUGCCACUCCUGAGGACAUUGAUAUUUCCUGGAUUUAUGGAUUUUCCUGGCCAAAGUAUUUAGGUGGACCAAUGUAUUAUGCCAACAGAAUAGGAUUAGACAAAAUUUACCAAAGAAUUUGUUAUUAUCAUGAAACUUUUCCUUACAGUAGUCAUUGGAUACCAAGUAGAUUGUUACUGAAACUGAGUGAGAACAAGGUACCUAUGAGUCAAUGGUGUUCAGGAACAGACAGCAAAUUGUAAAAUAAUCAUUGGGAAACACUCAGCAAUAGACAGCAAUCUGACGUUAAACUUUUUUUUUU